AUGGCCGCCCUCUUCGUUGAUCAGAACUCCAGUGCCAAGCAGCUGGUGAUCCGACUUGAAGAAGGGCGGGUGCGCAGUGCGACGGCCCCGCAGAAGUUCUGCUACACCAACGCGGAGACCCCGAAAUGGCACGACAUCUGGACCCGGAUGCAGAUCCGAGUCGUCAGCAACAAGAUGAUCCGUGUCACCCAGGUAGAAAACGAGGAGAAGCUGAGAGAGCUGGAGGAAUUCAACAUGUGGAACUUCGUCUUCUCCUUCUUCAAAGAGAAGCUGAACGACACCUACAUCCCCGUGGAUCUCUACAGCGAGAAAACCUGCCUGAAAGUAGAGUUGCCGGAGUCAAACACCAACUACAGCGUCGUCCUCCUCCGGUGGUUUGACCCCAAGCUCUGCCUGGUUUCCUUCCUGGGCCUGCUCCUGUUUUUCUCCGGGGAUUUACUGAGCAGGAGUCAGCUCUUCCACUACUCCGCUGGGAUAAGCAUCGGGAUGCUGGCCUCGCUGCUGAUCCUCAUCUACGUGAUGGCCAAGGUGAUGCCCAAGAAAAGUCCCAUCUACUUCAUCCUAGUGGGAGGCUGGUCCUUCUCCCUCUACCUCAUCCAGCUGGUCUUCAGAAACUUACAAGAGAUCUGCAAGUCCUACUGGCAAUAUCUCCUGGGCUACAUGCUGCUGGUGGGCUUCGCCAGCUUCGCCGUGUGCUACCGGUACGGCCCGCUGGAGAACCAACGCAACAUCAACCUGCUGACGUGGAGCCUGCAGGUCCUGGGCCUGCUGCUCAUGUACUUGGGCAUCCAAAUCCGGCCCAUCGCCCUGGCGCUGAUCGCCAUUGCCGUCUGCACCAAGAACCUGGAGUACCCCGUCCAGUGGCUCUGCGCCACCUACAGGAAGGUGCAGAAAGCCACAGCGAAGCCGAGCCCCCCUCGCCUGCUGACCGAGGAGGAGUACCGGCUCCAGGGGGAGGUGGAGACACGCAGGGCCCUGGAAGAGCUGCGCGGCUACUGUAGCAGCCCAGAGUUCUCCGCCUGGACUGUGGUUUCCCGCAUCCAGUCUCCGAAGAGGUUUGCCGACUUUGUUGGCGGCGCCUCCCACCUCACCCCGAACGAGGUCUCCGUCCACGAGCAGGAGUACAGCCUGGGGGGCUUGUUUGUGGAGGACCAGCUCUUUGAGGAAGACGAAGACGACUCCUUUGAAGGGGAGGGUCGCGCAGACUUCUCCGUGUCCCGGAACCACCUGGGCGUCGAGUGAGGGAGCUGUGCGGACGGAUUUGGCGGUGGAGCUACAGCAGCGCCCUGCCGGCGUGGGGUACAAUCGCUGCUCUCCGAGCGCCCCCAUGAGCGCACGUGUGUGUGUAAAGCCCAGUCUGUCCGUGCAAGUGCACCAGAGCCAGCCAGGCUGGCAGCGCCUCCUGCUGGAGCCAGUGACACGGGCAGUCAGGGGAUUGAACUCCACCCAUCUGACCUGGCAGCGCUUUGCCCUCGGCUGGCACCAGACCAGGUCCCUCUCCCGGCUGCACGGCACUUGUCCCCUUCCCGGCUUUCCGCAGCCGAAGGAUGUGUGGGGCGGGGAAGAGGUGUUCUGGGCACACUUCCCUUCUGGGGAAUCCACACGUCGCUUUGCAACCUGCCAGCGGAGCUUCCCCCAGCUCUGUGGGGGCAGAGAGGAAUAGGGGCUGCUUGUCUGUUGGACUGGGAAA